UUUCUGAUCCUUUUAUCCGUAUUUUACUUAUCAAAAAAGCGAUAAAAACUUAUCUUUUCACCAAGAAUCGAAAUACAAUAUUAAACAUGAUAUGAUUCAAUAAAUGAAAAAAAAUAGACGCACAAGGCAAUUAUACAGCCGAGAAAUCAAUCCGUUCUAUCUUUCGCUACGUGGAUCUGGAACACCACUUUCUCUCUUGUUCAUGCCAUUCUUAUUCGAUCCAUUUUCAGGUAUAUGUACACCUAGUCACAGCGAAAUCAUGUAUUCGCUUCCAGCUGUUCAACGCGUUCCGUUCUUUGGCCAGUGUACCAUAUUCACUCUUUCGUUCGAUCGAAUUAAUUUCGUUUUACAUCGAACUCUUUUCAACAUAGUUUCGAGUUUUUGAUGACUCCGUCGUUCGUCUGUUUGCGUAUAAAUAUCAUCGACAAUGUGGCAUCGUUCGAACGUAGAUUCAAUGAAAAUAAUUAAACGCGUUCUUCGAUUUCUUUCAAUCUAUUCUCCGGUCAGUUUAGUUGUCACCGAGUAUUCGACACGAGUUUUAUUUUGAAAGAUAGUGCUUUUACGAAGCGGUCGAAGAAAAGGAAACAAGAUAAAGGCUUGCGGUUUUACGUGUUCCCCGCAAUUAUACCACGGUCGUAAAGCCAUCAAGCAUCGAAAAAUAGUUCACCAGCGACAAGUAAUAGAAGCGUGAAGUUAAAGAGAAGAGAAACGAUCCGAUGCGUAUACUUAAAUAUUUACGUGUACGACGAGGAUAACGACGCGAGAAAGCGACAUCGGUUUAGAUACCAUGCUUUGCUUUGUAUAAGUACACAUUGCGGCUCAAAGUCGAACGAACGUCUUUUGCAGUUAGACACCGCUGAACGAAGCGUUUAUUAACGUAUGAAUCGAGGAAAGUAGGAAGAGUGCGUCGUUAUCAGUAUCAGCUGCUGUACAACUGUCGAAUGAGAAAUUAAAAUAACAUAGAGAAAGUGGAAGAAAGGGUAACGUUAGACUGAAACGUGCUUUACCAGAGUCUUCUAUAGUUUCUAUAGAGUCUUGUAAAUAAAGCUUGAAUUCGCUUAUGCAAAAUUUACGCCCGUAAACAAAUAAACAGCAGCGAAACAGACACUGCAGCUGGUUUCCUUGGUUCGAUAUUCUAUGUAAAAGAACUGAUAACGAAGAGUACAUCAUCGGUAUUUUCAUUCGUUACGGUCAUUUUCUUAUGAAGUGGAUUCGUUCGAUGCAUGACGAACAAGAUCAUUACAGGAUAUAUAUAUAUAUAUAUAUAUAUACACACACACAUAUGUAUAUGAUCUUGGGAAAACUGAAGUUCCAUCUAGGAUGAUGAAAUAUCCUUUACCUUUGUGCAAAGUUCACAAGAAAUUAGUAGCGAAACGGUCAAAUUUCCACUAUCAGUCGUUCCCUUGCUUGCAGUUUUACGACAAUAUGAUCGAUGAGAAUAUGAAACUACUUGGGUCAGUACCUUUUCUUUUACUCGUUUCGUAAACCGUUUCAGAAAACUCAACGCUUGAAACGCGAUAGAGCGACAGAAGGUUUUCCUCCUUCUCUUGCUAAUUUGUUUGCAAAAUGUAUAUCGCGCACCAUGCAAUUAACGCUACGCUUACAGCGGAUGCGUGUUCCGACGAAUCAAACGACGAAUAGAUUCUUACGAGUUUAUUAGUAUGUUUGUGCAUUUCGGUCUUCACACGUUUCGUUAAUCAGAGAAAAAGAGAGAGAGAGAGAGAGAGAGAGAGAGAGAGCACGCUGUAGCCAUAACUUAAUAGGUAAUUCGUUGCUACGGUAUAGUAGUACGAACUUAAUUUAAUUUGAGAGACGACGUUGGCAACAUUUAUUUAAUCUAUGGAUAUUUGAUGAAGGGGAGAAAAUCGCGCGCGCAGAAAGUGUGACGAGACGUUUCUCUUUCGACGUUUCAUCUCUUUCCUUUUUCCCUUCCUACGUGUAUGCACUGGUACGCGUGCAAAGCGAGCGUCUGUAUCGCGUCUAUUCCGAACAAUUUCAAUGCGGCUACUGUUACAGUAUCGUUGGAACACUAGUAGAAGGGAAUUUCUAAACUCGAGUAUCGUACGAACGAAGUGAGAAAAGGUCGUGCGCAACUGUCCUUGUAGAGAGGAGUAACGAGCGAUCGAAUAAGUGCCGUGAGCAAAAAGACGGUAUCGCGUAGCAUGGCGAUUAGAGGAGUUAUCAGUCGGUCUGUGAUAUCAAUUCCAGUCAAACACACGAACGCGCGUUUGGUGCGCGCCCCACUCGUCGUCAUUGGAAUCUGUUCGCUUUCAAGGAAUGUGUGAUCUCGAUCUGGCCACAACACUGGCUAAUUGUAUCCAUUGCACGUACAAUUCCGGAAAUCCUUGGGCUGAUCUUAUAAAACGAUCACGGCUACACGACAAAGGAGCCAAUGAUCGCGUUUUUGUGAGCGAUCCGAUAGAUUAUCUCGUUGAUACUUUGGUGUUCGUCGUCCGGUUCCUCCAUUUGUCCAAUCUACGAUUCUUUUUUUUUUUCAAUUUCUUUCGAAAUAUUUAACUUCGCCAAACUGCCUACCCUCGUUACCGCGCUUCCUCCCCGAAAUUUCGAUCGACGCAAGUCAGGACAUUUUUCAUUAGGAAUAUAUCCACCGAUGAUACUUUGCCUUGAUAAAUAUUUUUAACGCGUUCAAAAAUUUCUCUUUCGAUCAUCGCAGCUUUCGUCCGCCUUUUCUUUUCUUCUUCUUCUUCUUCUUCUUCUUUUUCCCCUUUUCGCGAACAAGUACGGACUUGUCGCGAGAUUCGGCUCAGUUUUAUCGUCCCGCGAGCAACGUUUAUCGUUAGAAUGUUUUCGUCUAAUACCUUGACCCAAUGGGAUCGUGAUUAUGCGCAUAAUUCCACGGAUAUAACGGUCGUUCGUUCUUGAAGGAUCUAUAAAACCGCAGAAACGGAAACGUGAUCAUACUUGCAAUUAGAAAGAUGGACAACGAUAGGCAGCCCUUAAUUCGAAAAAGAUAUGGGUCAACGAGCUCGUUUUGCGAUGGGGAGGACGAUACCGAUUACGAAGGCACGACACCGAUGGUGUGCGUUUCUCGGCCGCAGAAAAUGAAAGAUUCCACGAAUGCUUCCACUAUGAAGGUUAAUAUCGAGGGUAUGAGAUGUCAGAGCUGUGUGAAGAACAUCGAGGGAACCAUAGGUGGCCGGCCGGAGGUUUUAAGCGUUAAAGUAAUCCUAGAGGAGAAGCUCGGUUACAUCGAAUAUAAAGCGGGAGAAAUUACGCCGAACGAAUUGGUCGAGGCGAUAGAGGAUAUGGGAUUCACCGCUUCCCUUUGCAGCGACGAAACUAACUCUACUGAAAAGAUACAAAAAAGUGAUUCGUUGCAAUUAACUAUCGGUACUUGUACUGUACAUAUCGAUGGAAUGACUUGUGCGUCUUGCGUUAAAACUAUCACCGAUGGUUUAUCGGAGAAAGCAGGAAUAAAGCAGGCGAACGUUAGUUUAGAGAAGAAGGAAGCUACGGUUUCUUAUAACGAUAAAGUCCUAACGGCUGAACAAAUAUCAGGGUUCGUCGAGGAAAUGGGUUUUAAUUCGUUUGUUAAAGAAGUAAACGGUAAAGUUGUAGGAGAGGAAACACCAAUGAAUUUAUCGUUAAAAAACAAUUCUGCGCAAGAGGAACUUCCGUUGCAAAUGAAUGGGGGAGGUGAUGUAAAGACUCAAAACGAAAUAGCAAAAUGCUUUUUACAUAUAACGGGGAUGACCUGUGCUUCCUGCGUUGCUGCCAUAGAAAAACAUUGCAAAAAAUUAUACGGUGUAAAUAAUAUCUUGGUCGCAUUGAUGGCGGCCAAGGCAGAAGUUGCCUUUGAUCCGAAUAAGAUAAGGGCGAUCGACAUUUCUUCUAGCAUAUCGGAAUUGGGCUUCCCUACUACUUUGAUCGAGGAACUUGGCACUGGAGAGGGAGACAUUGAAUUAAAAAUCACAGGUAUGACAUGUGCAUCUUGCGUGAAUAAGAUAGAAUCGACUGUGAGGAAAUUGCCAGGCGUCCAUUCUGCCGCUGUCGCGUUGGCAACUCAACGUGGCAAAUUCAAAUACGAUGUGGAAAAAAUUGGCGUCAGGGACAUUAUCGAAUGCAUUAACAAAUUAGGUUUCACCGCAAUGUUAUUUAUCAAUAAAGAUAAAGAAAACAGAGACUACUUGGAUCAGAGGGAAGAAAUAAACAAGUGGCGGACAGCGUUCUUAGUGUCCUUAAUUUUUGGCAUACCGUGUAUGUUAGCCAUGACGUACUUUAUGGUAAUCAUGUCUGUUGGUGAAAAAACGCACGAAGAUAUGUGUUGCGUAGUUCCUGGUCUUUCCUGGGAAAACUUAAUCCUUUUCAUAUUUUCUACACCAGUCCAGUUUUUUGGCGGCUGGCAUUUUUACGUUCAAGCGUACAAAGCUUUGAAACACGGUACAACUAAUAUGGAUGUUUUAAUUUCUAUGACGACUACGAUAUCUUAUUUGUACUCAGUUGCCGUACUUACAGCAGCCAUGAUAAUGCAGGAACACGUUAGUCCUCAGACAUUUUUUGACACUCCUCCGAUGUUGUUAGUGUUCAUCAGUUUAGGAAGAUGGUUAGAACACGUCGCAAAGGGUAAAACCUCGGAGGCGUUAUCGAAAUUAUUGUCUUUGAAAGCAACGGACGCGGUCCUGGUUACUUUGGGCCCUAAUAAUGAACUACUAUCUGAGCGUUUAAUCAGUAUAGAUUUAGUACAACGAGGCGAUGUCCUAAAAGUAGUGCAAGGUGCCAAAGUUCCCGUCGAUGGUAGAGUUUUAUCAGGCAAUUCUACUUGCGACGAGAGCCUAAUUACCGGGGAAAGUAUGCCGGUGCCAAAAAAGAAGGGAUCGGUUGUAAUAGGUGGCUCGAUAAAUCAAAAUGGUCCGCUUCUAAUUACUGCCACGCAUACAGGAGAACACACGACAUUGGCACAAAUUGUACGAUUAGUAGAAGAGGCACAAACGAAUAAGGCACCUAUCCAACAUUUAGCCGAUAAGAUAGCUGGUUAUUUCAUACCUCUUGUUAUAGUUGUUUCUAUAGUAACUUUACUCGUUUGGAUAAUAGUGGGAUAUGUAAAUGUAAACAGUUUACCAAUCUCGCACAACGACCAAAUCAAUAAACACGGAAUGAAUAGAGAAGAAAUUAUAUUUCAAUAUGCUUUUCGAAGCGCGCUUUGCGUAUUAGCAAUAGCUUGUCCAUGCGCUUUAGGAUUGGCUACGCCAACUGCUGUUAUGGUUGGUACUGGAGUCGGAGCAUUAAAUGGUAUCUUAAUAAAAGGUGCUGAACCUUUGGAAAAUGCGCACAAAGUUAAAUGUAUUGUAUUCGAUAAGACCGGAACAAUAACACAUGGUAUACCAAUGGUAACAAAGAUAAAUCUCUUUGUAAAUGAAACAGCUUAUUCACUAGCAAAGUUCUUGGUCAUUAUCUGUACAGCUGAAACAAAUAGCGAACAUCCGAUCGCAUCAGCAAUUGUGCGAUACGUGAAGGAAACGAUAGGCUCCGAAGCAACUGGACAGUGCAUGAAUUUUCAAGCAGUUGCUGGUUGCGGACUUAAAUGUAAAGUAUCACACAUUUCAACUACGUUGGCCGAUGCAUUAAAAUCUGAUAAGAUUCUUAACUAUACUAACGAGGUAAAAAGAUUACCUUCUGGAACGCAUAAUUUAAAUAAUGUGUCGAUCGAUGUUACGCCAAUUUCGAGCACGAGACAAAAUUUGGAAUUGUUGCUAAGUCCGGAUUCCCAUGGUGACCAGACUAGUCCUGACGAUGUAUAUGAAAUUUGCGUUGGUAACAGGGAGUGGAUGCGAAGAAAUGCUAUUAAUAUACCACAAGAAGUAGAGUUGAAAAUGGUUACCGAAGAAGAUCUGGGACAUACUGCUGUUUUAGCAGCAGUGAAUAAUGUACUGGUGGCUAUGAUCAGUGUAGCAGAUACGGUUAAACCAGAAGCCCAUCUGGCAAUCUAUACUUUGAAAAAAAUGGGUUUGGAAGUCAUUCUUUUAACAGGAGAUAAUAGAAAGACUGCUGUUUCUAUUGCUAGACAAGUUGGUAUUACUAGAGUAUUUGCAGAAGUGUUACCUUCGCACAAAGUUGCUAAAAUUCAGCGUUUACAAGAUCAAGGCCUAAGAGUUGCAAUGGUAGGAGAUGGUGUUAAUGAUAGUCCUGCCCUUGCACAAUCAGACGUUGGCAUUGCAAUAUCUUCUGGUACGGAUGUUGCUGUGGAAGCUGCCGAUGUAGUCCUCAUGCGAAACGAUCUUCUAGAUGUUAUUGCGUGUCUGGAUCUAUCGAGAAAAACAGUUCGUCGAAUAAGAUUGAAUUUUUUAUUUGCCAGUAUCUAUAAUUUGUUGGGUAUUCCUAUUGCUGCUGGAAUAUUUAGCUCUUUCGGGUUUUUUCUUCAACCUUGGAUGUCGUCAGCGGCGAUGGCAUUAAGCUCAGCAUCUGUAGUUGGUAGUUCUUUGUUACUAAAAUUGUAUCGUAAACCAACGAAGACCACUUUAGAAACACCAGAAUAUUUAUCAGCGAUGCAUGCUCAUUCUACUGCAAGAAUGAUUGAUCUAGAUACAAUAUCUCUUCAUCGUGGUUUAGAUGAUACUGUAAUACCUAUUAUGCAUAGAUCAACAUCGACAUUGUCCAGGCUAUUUAGGAGAUCUAAGGACGAUGUAGAGGGUCGCCUCCUAGGUGAAGAUAUUGAUGAAAUUGAUUUGGUAACAGAUUUUUCUGGAUAUCGAAAAAAUAUAAAGGACCAUACAAACAUAACACCCUUAUGACUUGUAAGGAUCUUCUUUAUAUAAUUCUUAUUCUGUGCAUGUGUGUGUGUGUGCGCGCGCACGGACAUUUUUUUGCCAAUAAUAUAAUAAACUGACAUUUAAUCAAA